AACUGAUGACUGCAGGAACACACAUAGGGACCCCAGGGGGUGAGGCAGGGAGAGACGGGACAGCGGAGGCUGCUAAAAGCAGCUUCUGAGUUGGUUUCCCGUUCUUGGCAAAACCAUCGCUCCGGUUCUAGAGGGAAACUUCCAUCAUGAAGCUGCUCGCUCUCCUGUUCCUCUGCUCCACGCUACUCCUCCCAAGUCUAACACAGGAAGGAGACCCACAGGCCAUCGACUGCAAUGAUGAGGAUGUGUUUCAGGCCGUGGAUGCCGCUCUGAGGAAGUAUAACUCGGCGCUACAAAGCGGCAACCAGUUUGUGUUGUACCGAGUGUUGGAGGGCACUAAAAUGGUCGACUCUGACAUAUUUUAUUCCUUCAAGUAUAAAAUCAAGGAGGGCAACUGUUCCAUUCAAAGCGGCCUCACCUGGCAGGACUGUGACUACAAAGACAUUGAGGCAGCCGCCAAUGGAGAAUGCACAGCAACUGUGGGGAAGAGGGGACCUAAGAAGUUCUCCGUAGCUACUCAGACCUGCAAGAUUACUCCAGGGAAGGGCCCCGCAGUGGAGAUCAAUUUCACCUGUAUGGGUUGUGUGCAUCCCAUAUCGACCAAUAACCCUGACCUGGAGCCCAUUCUGAAACACGCCAUCGAACACUUCAACAACAACACAAAUCAUUCCCACCUCUUCACUCUUAGAGAAGUAAAAAGGGCCAACAGACAGGUGGUGGCUGGACUGAAUUUUGAAGUUAACUACUCAAUUGUGCAAACUAAUUGUUCGAAGGAGCAUUUUCAGUUACUAAAUCCAAGCUGCAAAGCCUCUCCGGAUGGUGAUGUUGGUGAAUGUAGAGAUAAUGCCUACGUGGAUACUGCUCAAAACAUUGCUGCCUUCUCCCAGAGCUGUGACCUUUAUCCAGGAGAAGAUUUGAUGCAACCACUUCCCGAGAUUUGCCCUGGCUGCCCCGUAGUCAUACCUGUAGACAGCCCAGAUCUGAAGGAGCCACUGGGUCAUUCCAUCAAAAAGCUUAACGCAGAGCAUAACCAUCCUUUCUAUUUCAAGAUUGACAGUGUGAUAAAAGCAACGUCACAGGUGGUGGCUGGAAUGAAUUAUUUUAUCGAGUUCAUAGCCAGAGAAACCAACUGUACCAAGGAGAGUAACACUGAGCUGACAGAGAAUUGUGAGACCAAGCAUCUUGGUCAAAUUCUCAAGUGCAAAGCUAACGUAUACAUGAGACCGUGGGAGAACAAAGUCCAGCCGACUGUCAACUGCCAUGCAUCAAACAUGGCUUUACUGAGGAUAAGGCCUCCAGGUUUUUCACCUUUCCGGGCAGUCCAAGUACAAGAAACAAAUAAAGGAGCAACUGACUCAGAUUUCAUUGAAGGUGUGAUGACAACUACAUCACCACAUGCCACAGAGAUACGUGAUGAUUUGAUCCCUGAUAUCCACGUACAGCCAGACAGCCUUUCAUUUAAGCCGAUAUCUGAUUUUCCAGAAGCAACUUCCCACAAGUGUCCCGGACGCCCGUGGAAGCCAGUUAGUGCAAAGGAUCCUACCACAGAAACGGGAGAAUUUUCUGAUUUUGAUCUCGUUGAUGCUUUUUCUUAACUUAUAGAGCCUGGGUAUCUUUACAAACACUUUCCCAGCCUCGUUCCCUAGUGCCCAAGCACAAAUAUUGCUAUAUAAGUCACCAAAUCAUGAGGCUUAGAACAGCCUAGACAUACUAAGCCUCUCAUAGGACUCCAUAAAUCUCUGUGGACUAAUAAAACUGCCAUAAGUCUGCA